AUGAAUAAUUAUCACAUAUAUGAAGAUAUUGCUAAGGGAAAAUACUCUAUUAUUUAUAAAGCUCGUAAAAAAAAAACUAUAGAUUAUUUUGCAGUUAAGUCGAUGGAAAAAUGUAAAAGAAAGAAAUUAAUGAACGAAGUUAAGAUUUUCAAUUUAUUGGAUCAUGUAAAUAUUCUAAAGUAUUAUAAUUGGUAUGAAACUAAGAAUCAUUUAUGGGCAAUAUUUGAAUAUUCUUCAGGUGGCAAUUUGUUAUCAUUAAUAGAAUAAGAUAAAAAAUUGACAGAGCCUCAAAUCAAAAUAUUUGCUAAGGAUUUGAUAUAAGGGUUAUUGUAUUUGCACUCAAAAGGAAUUAUUUAUUGCGAUUUAAAGCCAUCUAAUAUUUUACUUAAUGAGUACGGCACUUUGAAAUAUUGCGACUUUGGUUUGGCACGUUAAAUUGUAGAUUUAAUUCAAACUGAUGAAGAUGUUAAAGAAGGAUCAAAGAAAGGAACUCCUUAUUACAUGGCUCCAGAAUUAUUUUAGGAUGAUGGAGUAUAUAGCUAUCAAUCAGAUUUAUGGUCUUUAGGUUGCAUUUUAUAUGAACUAUCUAAUGGAAAGCCUCCCUUUGUUUCUAAAAGCUUUUAAGAUUUAGUCUGGCUUAUUAUAAACAAAGAGCCAGAAGUAGUAGAAGGGUUUUCUAGCGAUUUUCAUUCUUUUGUUUUUGGAUUAUUACAAAAAAAUCCGUUAAAAAGAUUAAAUUGGAGUGAAAUCAUAAAUCAUCCAUUUUUAAAUUGGAACUCAAUUUAAUUAAAGAAUCUAAGAAAAGUAGAACUUCCAUAAUAACCUCACUUUGAUAGAUGGUCCUAAAACAAAUACGGUUUUUAGUAGGGACUUUAAAAGAAUAACUCUAAUAAUUUAAUAUCUCAUUUUAAAGGACAAAAUAAUGCAGCUUAAGGUUAAGUAGCCUCUAAUGGUAUGGAAGGAGUUAAUGUUUUGAGAUUAAGCUUGAAUGUUUAAAAGAACUUAAAAAGAGAAUAGAAACAAGAAGAUACUUAUCAAAAUGGUUUAUUCAAUUCUACUAACAAUAAUUCAGCUUCAAAUAGCAAUAAUGUUAGUAAUUUUCUAAAAUAAACAAACAAUAACACUUCAAAUAAACUAAUUUUUAACGACUAAGACCCUGAAAACAAGAACGAAGAAGAUUUCUGUUUACUAAACAGAGACUAAAUUAUAGAUAUAGGAUACAACGAAAGAGAAGACGGAUCUUAAGAAGAGGAGUUUUCUGGUAUUAAUACUGUAAAUUUAAUUCUUGGAAACACAACAAUCGAUUAAUAAUCUAAAAUAAUACCACCAUAUUAAGAAGAUCAAGAAAAUUUUAAUAAUUAUAACAAUACAAUAAAUAAUAAAAAAAAUGGGGAACUUGAAUCUACUUUCAAGAGUCUUUAUUCAAACAAUAGUAGCAACUUAGGAAUUAACACAAACUACUUAAACUGUAAUUAAAUACCUUAAGUCUAACCACUCUCUACUGGUAAAAGCUAAAAUACCUCACAAAUUCCAUAGUAAACCCAAAAAUUCUCUCUAUCGACCCGCUCUAGAGUAAAUCAAUAAGAAAUCAGUACAGGCAGAUAAGGUGCAUAGACUCCUACAUCUCCUAACAAUGUAAAUAGAACACCGAAUUCAAAGAACUAGACUGCAAGAAACAAUUCAAACGGUACAAGUAAUCACCAUUUGCAAAACCUGACUACGAUUAUGAAGCAAAAUUUAAUAAAAACUCCUUCUACUCCUCACAAUCAUAGCACUGGUAGCAAUUAAGGUCAUGCUAAAAGUGUUUCUCCAUAUUCUAACCAUGGUAGUCUCUAUUAAGUUAGCAACAAUGUGAACAAUAAUAUCAGCAUAACGUCUAAUUUUAAUAAUUCAAGUUUACUCAAUACUCCUGCAACUCCUAUGAGCAAUUUAAAUCAUAAUUAGAGUAAUUUGAAUGCUAAUACUCCUAAUGGCUUUAAUGGAGUUCUUAAAAAUUUUAAUAUUCCUACUUCUAAUAAUAGCAACUACUCUAGUGUCUUAGCCUAAGGAAUGAGUAAUAGUAGUAAUAACGUAAGUAUGGUACAGCCAAAUCAAAUGCAUCAUCACCAACACUAAAAUAGCUGUGGUAACUCUAAUAAUACUAGCUAUCAUACAGGAGUGAGUCCUAACCGCAAGAAUUCUACUUAAAAUAAUAUUAGUACUUGCAGCAAUUACCUUGAAGCUAAGAAUGCUGAACCUUAGGUUAUACCGUUGGCUAAAAAACCUUCAUUUGUUAUUGAAUCUCUUGAAAAGCUAUUUUACCAUUAAACUGAUACUUAAGUAAAGCCAAUAAUAGGGCAUAAAGACAUAGAAAAGUAUCCUUAAGAAUCUGUAUACAAAAAAGAAACUCUUCCAUUUUAGUGGUUUAGCGCUUAAGAUGUAGAAAGUGGGAUUGAUAGAUAAGAAAUUGAUUAACUAUUUGAAUAAAUAUUUAAUGCUUUACAUUAGCCCAACACAGAUAAAUAUAAUAUCCUUUGCUACUUUGAAUCUAUUAUCAUGAACUCAAGCGUUUCCAAUCGUUACAUCAACUCUGCAUUUGUAAAUCUGUUACUUGAUUUACUAAAAAAUGUAAAAGUUUCAAUGAUUAGAUUAAGAGUUGCAAGCUCUAUUGGUUUUUUGCUACGCUAUGCCACUGUGAUUGAAAAUGAACUCAGCAAUCUCAAUAUUCCAAAUAUAAUAAUAGAAGUACUUUCUGUUGAAAAAGAAAGCAAAGUUCGUAGAAAACUUCUAGCUACAUUAGGAGAGUACCUCUUUUAUGCUGCAACAUAAGUAGACGAUGAUCCUAUUAAUAGUGUCUGGAAAAUUUAGCCACAAGUUUUAUCUUUUAUAGUAAAAACUAUCAAAAAUUAUGAAGAGGAUGAAUUGGUGAAGUUUUAUGCAACAAAAACAGUUGAGAAUAUUGCCUCACAGUCAGUUACAGUAAGUUAAUACUUUUGCAAUCAAGAUACAAUUAACGCUCUAGUUGGUCUUUAUUUCUUCACAAGAAAUGAAGAUCUCAAAAUAAGUGUUAUUGUUAGUUUGAGCUAAAUAGCAAGAUUAAACAACUCUUUGGCUGAAUUUAUAAUCAUUCAAAUUCAAGGCAUUCCUAAGUUAAAAGAAAUAUUAGUAGGAGAUAAUGCUCCUACUCGUAUUUAAUAAGCAGUCCUUACUCUCAUCAAUACUUAAAUUUAGGCAUUCCCAUAGAGUGAAUUUUCUCAAACCCUUAUGAGAGACUCUAGUUUUAUCGAAGCAAUAGUUUAUCUUUUAGAAAGUCCUCAUACAAUUAUUAGGGGAAAGAGCAUUAUUUUUUUACUCCUCUGCAUCAAGUUUAAUCUCAGAUGUCUGAUCGAUCUUUGUUCAACCAAAUACUUUACUUAAUUAGAUAAACUCUCUCGUGAUAACUUUAAGUAUGUUUAAUAAUGCUAUUAGCACUUGAAACUUCUAAACGAAAGCUCAGUUCCAAUAAUGAUUUAUUCUAUUAAAGAGGAAAUUGUUAGAAUAUAAAAGGGAGAAACAACCUCAGGGAAUCCUUAUUAUUAUAUGCAAAAUAACUUUAGCAGCAGAAUGCCUCAACUCCAAGGAAACCUUUAAUACCUGAAUGUUUUACUUUAAUUUACAAAAUACUAACAACUUAAGAGCAUUAUGUUUGAACAAAACUACCUUGAAGACUUUUUUAGCUUAUUUGAUUUGGUGCAUUAGUCGCACAAUUCAUAGCUCCAGGAAGCUAAAUCAGUCUUAUUAAAUUUAUAUGAAGUCAUUUUAAGCAAUACAAGCUAUAUAUUAGAUAAAAGAGAAUUUUUUAUGAAUGUUUUGUUACCUAAACUUAUGGAUUAACUUUACAUGAAUUUAUUAUACUCGAAUGCAAAUAUAAAUAACAGUGGGAUCAACAAAGAUAAUAGUCCUCUAAUCAAUAACAGCAGUAGUAGUAGCUGUUAUGAUGGAGCUGAUUGGAAAUUUAAUUACACAAAAUUAAUUCACGAUAUAGUUACUGUUUUUAUGUCAGAAUGGUAAAAAUGGUCUUAGAACUCUUAAUAAAAGACCAAUGAAUUAUUUAUCAAUAAAUUUGUUGGAAGUAUUCUAAAUGGGCUAAUUGGUAAUGCAUCACUUGAAGAUCAAGUAAGUUUAAUGGCUUUCAAAGUCUUGCAAAUACUAGUAGAAAACUAACCUGCUUUGUAUAUUUCUGCAUUGAAAUAAAAGAAUUUAUUGAAUCUUCUUUUGCAAUAAUUUAACUAUAAUGCCUCUAGAAGCACAUUAAAAUUAGUAGCUAAAAUAGUCUAGGUCUCGUCUCUUUAGGAAAUUCAAUCUUAUGGAAUAACACAGAAAGCUGUUAACUUAUUCUAGCACUUUAUUUCAAAAGAAUAGGAUUAGUGUUAUGAAGAUAUGAUUGAUAUCUUUUUAAAUAUUACAACUAAAAUGAUUUCCCUAAAACCUAUUUAAAAUAUUGAAAAACCAAGCUCUUAUGAUUAAUUCGUUGAACCAAAAUAUGAGAUCCUACUGGAAGCUUAUAAUCUUUCCUUUUCUCUUCUAAGGAGCUUAGAUUUCACACUUAGUGAUAAAGUUGGAAUGUUUAUAAUACAAAUAAUUUAUAUUUAUAGUAAGUCAAGCAGAAAUAAUAUAGGAGCUAGCUCUUAAGUUUUAAAUAAAAGUGAUCAUAUAAUAACCUUAUUGAAUUAUAUAUCACAAUACCAAAUGAUAGGACCAGUAAUUAAAAGAAACACAAGAAUACUAAAUUGGAUAGUUUAGCUUUUAGCAAUUUCAAAAGAUAUUAAAGAGUCAAUUUACUAAACAGUAGAAAAAGUGCUAUAAAGUUCAAAGGAUUUGAAAAUAAAUUAAACUCUAAGAGAGAUUUAAUUCUAUUUAAAAAAUCCUAUUUGA